AUGUGUAUGAAGGCAAACUGUAAUUACUGUAAGAAGACAUCUUGGAUCGGUUGCGGAAGUCAUGUACCAAGUGUGAUGGAUAAGGUCCCCAAAGAUCAAUGGUGCACUUGCAAAGGAGGAGAUACCUAUCCUCCGAAAGCUGGUACUGGUGAGUUCUAG